UUAUUUAGGGUUUAAACGAAGAUUAAUCUCAUUUUCCUAAUUUUUCAUUUUUUAUUAAAUAAACUUAAACUUUCAGUUAUAUUAUAAAAAUUUUAAAUUUAGGCGCUCAAUAUGAUGUCACAGAAUGUAAAUUUGUUUGCUAAUGCAAAUGCAGAAAGAACAAAACGUAGCAGUAAUUUUUCCUCCAAAGAAGUCAAGUAUCUGAUACAACUAGUUGACAAUAGAAAAGAUAUUAUCGAAUCAAAGAAAACUGAUCGUACAGCGUCGGAGGAAAAGGUUAAAGCAUGGUUGGAAAUUGAAGAAGAAUUUAAUGCCGUUUUCGAAGACUAUCGAUCGGUUAAAGUGUUAAAAACGAAAUAUGAAAAUCUUAAGAAAAAUGUCAAACGUAAAUUGCCAACAAAUGUAUCAAAUUUGAGCGUAUUGAAAAUAAUGCAAUCCGGUGAGCAUGCAGUGACAAAUGAGCCAUUAUCGGAUUUAGAAUAUGAUUUAUCAGAAGAUGAAAACACUUUACACACUAGUAAUGCUUCCGAUGUUGAUAUGAAACCACAUGCACCGCUUAAUGAACAAGAAUUAGAUGCAGCUGCUGAAGAAUAUGUAUUUGAAACACUGCUUUUUGGUGAAGCUCAAUCUUCUACUUCUUCACAGCUGGUACAAAAGCCUAUACCAAAGCCACCUCAACCGCCACCAUCCGAACAAUCAAAAACUCAAUUGCAAACAAAAGUUGAAAAGAAAAAACCUGCGAUUGAUGUCUGGGAACAGGUUGCUUAUAAAAAAUUGAAAAAACUUGAUUUAGAGAUGCAUAUUAUCGAAGAGGAAUGGAAUUUAAGAAGAAAAAAAUUAGAAUUAGAGGUUGAAAAUGCACGAAUAGAAAAUCAAUUUAAAGAGGAAAAACUUAAAAUAGAAUUAGAAUUAUUUAAACAAAAAUUGCAAAACAUUAAUAAUAAUAGCACUUAGUUUGAUGUAGUAGAAGUGAAUGUUAUAUGAUUUUUGUAAAAAUAAAAUAAAAUGUUUGCAUUUCUUUUUGUUAAUAAAAAAAUAUAAUAAUAAUA